AUGAUUACGAGUAUUCUACUAAUUGCACUGUUAUCAAGCGUUCGUGCGAGAUUCAUCGGCGAAGGCAAUGUGGUUGAGAUUGUCGCAUUCGGUGAAGGAAGAUGCAGAGACACGACAUAUUGGUUUAAACACCAUCUACUGCCAAUGUGGAAAAUUUUUGGCUCAUCUGGUCGAAUCAAUCUGACAUACCAUCCUUAUGGUCUCAAAACGAUGUGCAUUGAUACCGAAAAUGGGGAUAUUAGUUGUAAAUGCCAUCACGGAGAUCGCGAAUGUUUACUUAACCAACUUCAAUCAUGUGUGAUUGAUGCUCUUCCGAGAACCGAAGAUCAUCUGCCGUACGUUGGGUGCAUUCAAGGCAAAGAAAAUGCAACUGUCGCUGGAAAUGAGUGCUUCAAUCAGCCGGGAUUGAGCAGAAAACAAAUGAUGGAAUGUGCGACGGGAAGAAAAGGGAAGAAGCUCUUCUGGGGCCACGAAGCGGCAAAAUUGGAAUAUGCUCCAGAUAAUUAUUGGGUUCCAUGGGUCAUAAUUAACGGAAAAAGAAUAAAGGAAGGAGAGAGCGAUUUAUGGCAAUUGCUUUGCGAUAGAUUCCUUCACCCGCGACCAAUCGAAUGUCCUCGACGAUCGUUCUAUUAA